AUAUAUAUAAAAUAGAUUUGGGGUGUCCUUCAACAAAACAAGAAACUAAAACCCAAACAAGAUAUGGAUCUGUACGAUGAGAGAAAACAGUUACACAAGCUAGCGUUGAGGGGAGAAUGGAAGAAUCUGGACAAGGUAUGUAAGGGUGCGAGGCAGUUAGUGUUGCCGAUCAAUAACAGUGGAGAGACGGCGUUGCAUUUGGCAGUGUACAGUGGAAAGGAAGAACCUUUAAAAACAAUUCUUGAGCAGGUGAUGGAGGAGAAUUACACAGAGCAUUGGAAGAGCUCCGCUGAAAACACACCUCUACAUGAAGCUGCCACUGCGGGGAAUUUGGAUGCUUUCAAGCUUUUGGUUGAGUUCAGGAAGGAGGAUUUGUUGGAGUUGAACAGUCGGGGUGAAACGCCUUUGUAUAGGGCAGCCAAAUAUGGGCAACUUCAGAUCGUUGAAUAUAUUUUGAAUGAAUGUGAAGAUUAUUACUCUCGAUCUCCCCGAAAUUGGAUGGGAGAUGGUACUACUCCAAUCAUUCAUGAAGCCAUUCAAAGCGAGAACUUUGAGGUGGCUAUGAUGCUGCUGGAUUUCGACAAGUCACUGUUGGAGAUGAGGGAUUCAAACAAGCAGACGGCUCUCCACUUGCUGGCCAAUAUGCCACACAUUUUUGAGAGUGGAUACGUGAAGGGAUUUUGGGGAGAAUUGAUAUAUAAUUGGCUGCCUGAGGACAAGAUUUACCCAUUUAAUUUUUUUAAAUUUGGCCCUGUAAACAACAAUGACCCUAAAAGUUCAAGUACCCUAAACGAGAAGAAUGGAGACUUAGAAGCAGCAUUUGUCUCUCAACAUAAUUGGUGUUUCAGUUUGGGUUCGGCAGGUGUAUACCUUAGACAAAGUUUGAAGAGGUUGUUUGGGAGAUUCAUCGUGCGAGGUUGGCCUGAAUGCAAAGAGCUGUACAUGAAAAAGCAAAAACAUAAAUUAAUUCUACGAAUCACGGAAAUGCUAGCGGACAUAGAUUUAUCAUAUUACCAGGAAAAACAGAAGUCCGACAGGAUUGGACCUAAAAUAUUUGAAUACAUAGACCAUCCUGCCGAUGACAAAGAUAUUGAAUACAUGGACCACGAAGAGACGCCACUGCUACUGGCCGCAGCCAGGGGAAUACUAGAAGUGGUUGAAAGGAUCGUGGAAGCCCACCCACAGGCUGUGGACUACGUGACGACACAAGACAGAAACAUUCUACAUGUCAUCAUUGCACACCGACAACUCAAGAUCUUUGAAUGGAUUAAAACCAGAGAUCUUCUCAUGCACAGACUGGCCAGGAGGAUUGACCUGUUGGGCUACACCGUACUGCACCAUGUUGGAAUCACUAAUUUCCUCUCUCAAUCUGCCCAUGGUCCAGCAAUACAACUUCAACAAGAGCUGGAUUGGUUGGAUCGCGUCCACAAAGUGCUUCCGCUCCUUUACAACAUGCAUUAUAGCAACGACGGUCGGAAACCCCGUGAGUUGUUCGAAGAAACACACAAGGAUAUGCUUGAUAAGGGCAAAGAAUGGAUCAAGAAAACCUCCGAGUCUUGCUCUGCUGUUGCUGUCCUCAUGGCCUCGGUCACCUUCGCCGCUGCCUUCACUGUCCCUGGUGGACUCAACUCCAAAACUGGCUCUCCGGUUCUCCUCUCUAACCCUACCUACAUGUUGUUCACCGCCUUGGACAUCACCUCCCUCAUCUCAUCGCUCUCCUCCUUGAUUCUGUUUCUCUUGAUCUUGACCUCGCCUUUUGAGAUGGAUGCUUUUCGACAACAAUUGCCAAUUCAAUUGUCCUUCGGAUUCAAUCUGUUGUUCUUGUCGGUGGCGAGCACCAUGAUUGCAUUCGCUAUGGCCGUCGUCCUCACAAUGAAAUCGGCCAACAUGGUAUGGGCAGAGUGGCUUUUGUAUUUGGUCACACUUGUUCCAAUAAUCAUUUUUAUGGUAAUGAAGUUGCCGCUGUUGCUGGAGCUGGAGAGAAAUGUUCAAAAGAGUCUACAAUUUCUUUGGAAGUUGCUUCCCAGGGGUUUCCUCGCCAUAUUUUUUGAGAUUCCUUCCAAACUUUUAAGCAACAAAUCUACCUAAUCUUCAUGCCUGGAUUUGGGAGCGGAUAUAACUGCAGUUGGAUACGUCAUAAACUACUUCCUUUUCUUACCUUAAUUACGUAUGAAGUUUGUCGCACAUCAUGUUCAAAACUGUGCUUUUUAUUUGUCUUCCAAACAUUAAUAAUAUACAUUUAUAUAUUAUUAUAAAUAUAUUUAUGAAAUAUAUUACUCUUAUGGAAUA